UCCAUCACACGGAACACGCAGUGUUCCUGUGUUCCGAGCUGGUGAUCGAGUCCAAAAAUGGAAAGUAGAGAUUUCGACUACCCCAGAAGUGGGGUUCCCCAGCCCCAACCUGGGAUACGUCCAUUGGUUGAUCCGGAAGCUCACGGCGAAGUCGAUCCUUCCAUGUAUCCACAACCCAAAGAAGCAACGCACAAAAUACGAGGGAAAUCUGAUGUUCUCGAAAUGUUAUUUGGGCCAGUGGACCAGGAAUUGUUGAUUGUGAAGAGCUUUUAUUUUUUCUUUUAUUCUGCUUUCGGGUCGUUGUUUCCGCUCAUGGGGGUGUAUUUUAAACAAAUGGGGAUGAAUGCGGGACAGUGUGGGUUUUUGAUUGGGAUCCGACCGUUUGUGGAGUUUUUAUCGGCACCGUUUUGGGGGACUUUGGCCGAUAGAUGGCAAAAGGGAAAAUUGCUGCUUCUGGCGUCACUAGCAGCUUGGAUUAUUUUUACAGUUCCGUUAGGCUCGAUACAGCCGCCACCGACGUCUUGUAUAGAAAUCAAAAACAACACAGCUGUCUUGACAGCGCCUAGCGUGAACACCAGACUGAUAAAUAAGAGGUCAGUGAUGAUGGAACAGUUGCAAGAAUCCGAAUUUGAACGGUAUACAAGGUUCGAACGCGCUACCAGACCUAUACCAAACGCUGGUCAGUCACCAGUCAAUGUCGAUUUUGCGUCCAAUUACAAACCCAAAGAUCACGAUAGUUGGGUACAACCAAUAAUCUCCUCCAUAGUUUAUCGCACUCAAGAUAUCCAAAAAGCGUUCUUCCUCCUUAUUCUUCUAGUCAUAAUCGGCGAAUUUUUCAGUGCUCCUGCUAUAACUUUAGCGGACUCUGCUGUAAUCACUCUUCUAGGCGAAGAUGCCGAUCGUUACGGCCACCAGAGGAUGUUCGGUUCCCUAGGAUGGGGCUUAGCAAUGUUCUUUGUUGGGAUAGCACUAGAUCAUUCUACAGCCUUCCCCAACCAUCCUUGUGGACCCGACAAAAAAGAAAAAAACUACACGAUUUGUUUCGCAAUUUUUUCCGUCCUCAUGGGGGCGGCUUUAAUAACAGCAACUCAGAUCACUUUCAAAUACGAAGACCCUCCGCCGGCUCCAGUAACAACCACCGAUACAGAGAAACAGUCAGCCCCUUUGUCACACGAAGACCAACUGCAAGCCCAACUUGCCGAGCAAUUGCAAUUGCCAUCACUUGCUGAUACCAGAGCUUCAGUAAAUACCCAACCAGCCGAACAAAAGACAAAAAUUUUUGCUCAAACCACACGCGAAAUGCCCGAGUGGGUUACAGUUCUUCAACAAUUUAAAAAUUUGAAAUGUGCUUCGUUUCUUUUCGUGGCAUGGUUUAUGGGUUUUGGCAUAGGUUUGAUCUUUACUUUCCUUUUCUGGCACUUGCAAGAUUAUGGAGGUUCACCGACUCUUUUCGGAGUGGCUUCUGUUAUCAAUCACAUAUCGGAAAUUUUUGCCUACUUUUUCAGUUUUAGAUUGAUUAGGCAGAUGGGACAUGUGAAAGUACUAUGUCUUGGACUUAUUGGCAAUACUCUGCGAUUUUUGUACAUUUCCUGGCUUUCCAAUCCGUGGUGGGUGCUCCCAUUCGAAUUCAUGCAGGGAAUAACUCACGCCGCCGUGUGGGCAGCUUGCUGCUCCUACUUGGCCCACAACACCCCUCCUCAGCUCCGUUCAUCUGCUCAAGGGGUGCUCCAAGGCAUCCAUCACGGUCUUGGUCGUGGAUGCGGUGCCGUAAUCGGUGGCCUAUUCGUGAAUUCUUUCGGAUCCACGGCCACUUUCAGAGGUUACGGUCUAAUAUGUCUCCUAGUCCUUGGAGCUUUCAUCUUCAUCAACUUUUAUCGUGUGGAUCAAGGAUUCGUCUCUGAUUUACCACAAACCGAAGAUCCGAGACAAGUUGCCGAAGAAACUUCCCAUCUUGCACCUCAUGGUGUUCCAAGUAACCCGAUUCCGCGAGCUUUAUCUAGCACUAGACUUCACGAACUCUCUCAACAAGAUGGAUACGGCGCUACUUACCAGAUGGGACAAGGGGGAACUCUGGAUAUUCCGGGAGGAGGGGGAAACAAUACUUUCAUGCAACAGAGUACCAAUGAUCAGCGCUAUUCUGGGUUCCAGGUAAGAAAUGAAUACUAAUUUGGUUCAAUAUUCGUGCGGAUUUUCAUCUGAGUUUACCACUCUUCAGACACAACAACCACUCACGACGGCUAGCUGUAGUUAUGAUUGGUAAUAACCGAAAAUGUCAUAAAUAUAUUCAUUUUAUUAAAUGUGUGGUAAUUUGAGCGGUAAGUAAAAUAAGUAAAUGGUAGUCGAAUGGUAUAACGAAAGAAACAAAUUAUCGAAAUCUGCUGUUACACACCAUAUGAUCUCAUAUCAUUUUAAGUAGAGGUUUAUACAAAGUGUUGUAGGACUAUUAUUAGUUGUUGUAGACAUUUAAAUUUGGAGAGAAAAAUACUCAAACCUAUAUUUUAUAUGUUUUUUAAAAACGUCUAUAAGGUUAAAAUAUCGUUGUUUCUAAUCAAUGUUGCAAAAGCGGAGUACAUAUUGUGUGGUAUGCCUCUACGACAUACAAUUUUUUUUUGCGUUAAUGUUAACCAAAUGUGUAAAAAUUUAUCGGUAUUGUACAAAAUAGUUGUUAAUGUGGAGUUAUUUGUUUUUAUUUUUAAAUUUUAUUUGUUGUAGAUAGUGUACAUUAUAUUUAAGGUGUGGCUUCGUGCUCAUGUUGUCGCACUGGUGUAGUCUUACUCUUAGAACCAGUUUCAUAAUUUCUACUAACUACGACUGAUAAGUGAUAUAACUAAUAACAACAAUCAUUGCAAAUAAUUGAAACUGGUUUUAAAUUAUUUUUGUUGCCAUUUAUCACAAUAUAUUUGUUGAUUAUCAGUGUGUAAAUUAUAAAAAAGACAUAGCUUUUUAUUGUUUACGCAUAAAUGCAAGGGGGAACUACUAGUUGAUGUUUUAUUUAAGUAAAAAUGUUCCGUCUUGUGUUUACGAAACACUAAGUGACAUCCUUAGUCUAUACAUAUCCAGAAAAAGUAUUACAUAACAAACAGUUGUUGAAAACAAUCUUAAAACCAUUAUUUAUAUAAAAAAGCACCUUGUAUUUAUCUGUAUAUGUGAAAUAUAAUAUAGUCGCACUACGAUGUUACUUAAUUUUAAGCUAAAUUUAUUUAUAAUCCUGGAUAAGUCGUCGCAUUUGUUUUCAAAAUGAAAAAUAAAAGACCUUUAACAACUGAAAAUUUUAUUACAAACAAUAAAUAUUGCUUCGAGGAUUGAAAAAUUGGUCUUGAUGAACACAUUUACGUUUAUUUCCGCAAAAUUAAUAUAACAUUUUAUAUCACAACAUAUGGAUAGAAAAUAUUUGUCUUUAGAAAUACUGACUGUAGAAAUAUUCUAAAGCUACAGAUCUAUCGUGACUGUACAAGAAAAAAAUUAACUAACGUGUGUUUUCUCAUAAAAUACAUCAUUGACUAGUUUUACAUUUAAUUAGAACAAUUUUACAGACAUUUUUUGAAAGGCUGUGUCUGCUUUCACACUAGCGUAGAAAGCGUGGAAAUAGUAUUUUGAAACCAGAUUUGGCACUCUUGAACUAUGUUUUAGCGCCUUUUUAGAAUAACA